GCAGCAUUUUAUCCACAGUGUCUCUUGUCAUGUCUCGUAAUGAUCAUAUCAGACUGCAGAGCUGACUUACCACCGACUGUGUUGGCUUCUCGAGAAGAGGAUGUUACUCUCCCUUGUGUCGAUGCAAACGUGACGGAUCCGAAGAGCUGCUACAGAGUCAGGUGGAUUAAGUAUUCCGCAGACGCUGGUCAGAAGAAAGUGGUCAUGGCCUGGUCUCAUAAAUCCCAGCAGGCCGAACGUGUGAAACUAAAAGUGGAUGGGGAAAAACAGAUGUCUCUCCUUCUCACAAAUGUACAAAAAUCUGAUGAGGGACUCUAUAGCUGUGAAAUGUGCCAAGGCUGGGACUGUGAGCUGGUCAGAAACAUUUCUUUAAGAGUAAAAGACUGCAAACUCCUGCCAGCUAUGAACGCAGCACCCAGCGCACCCAUCAAACUGGAUUUCCCAGUGGACGUAACAUCAAGGCCCCAGAAUAUCUCCUGGUUGUUGCUAAAGGGAGGUCAGCCUCUCCCCCUCCCCUCUGACCGGUUUCAAGUCAACCACACAUCACUGGUUAUCCAGCCUAUGAGAGCAAGUGACAGCGCGUGGUACAGAUGUGAUUACAUUUACAGACAAGCUAAACGCUGCUUUGACAUCAAAAUUAAUGUCCAAGGUGAAGGUGCUGUCGAGGUCACAAUGUUUCCAGUCGCUCAGCAAGUGCUGACAAACACUGAGCCUCCCUUAGAAAACGGGCCGGAGGAGAGCAAGGGAACACUUAUUGCAGUUGUCACUUCAGUUGUUAUUGGGAUUGUCGUCGCUGCUGCAGUGAUAGGAGUCUUAAUUUACUCCUGCCGUAACACCCAGAGAGUCCCUCAGCGAACCCAGAGGUCACCAGCAGCAGGGACACUUCCUCAGUGUGAUGUUUAUGAGACUAUAUCACUCUCAGAUGAUCCCUCAAACUCACGAUUCAACAGUAUCUACCAAGUCGGGGAUGAAACCAUCUGCACGUUUCACUAUUAAAAGCUGCUUGUUGUCUAAUCUGGAUUGCUCGUGGACAUAGAUGGUGCAUCUAAACAUCUGUGACAUCAACUAAACAAGAAGUUUUCAAAAUAUGAGACAGUUUAUUUUAGAAAUACAGUAUUUUGGAGUUCGGAUUUAGCUGUUUUUCCUCUUUCCCAGAUACAGAAACAAAUAAAUACUUUCGGUUGGACCUAUUUAUGUUGUUAGUGCAGUUUGAAAUGUCACAAG